GAUCUUUCGAAAAACAAUUUGCGGAACAUCGAUCCCAAUGCAUUUCGAGGCCUCAAGAAGUUGCGCACACUGGACAUCGCCUCAAAUCUUCUCUCUGCCCUUCAUGCAGGCCUAUUUUCCACUCUGUCAUCUCUUCAGUCCUUAAGAAUAACACGAAACAAGAUAAAGUCGAUAGAAAGCCACACAUUCCGAGGGAUGGCAGCACUGGAAUCGAUUGAUCUGUCCAAGAAUCUCAUCCGGUCAUUGCCAUCGUUGGCGUUCCAUAAUUUACGAUCUCUGGCGAAUUUGUCGCUGGCAAGGAACGAAAUCUCUAGACUUGACGACGGAGUAUUCUUUGGUUGUGAAUCCUUAAUGGUUUUGAACAUGUCGCGCAAUUCACAUCCGUUCACGAUUUCUGAUGAAUUCGGCUUUUCUUCGGAC